AUGGCUGAAAAGGCACUUCCUGCAAGCCUGCCCGAAGCUGCUCGACGAGCAAAGCUUCCUGCGGUCAAGCAGAAGAUCUUGGAGAGGCUAAAGGCACAGAAAGCCGAACAGGCGACAAAGCCAGUGGCCAAACCAGGUGCAGCACCGCCUGCUCCAGCAGGUGGACCUCAGGCGCCCGGUCACAUACCUCCUCCUCCAAAUCAACCGCCUGCGCCGCCUCCACCGCCUUCAGAUGUGGGUGUCGCCAUAGCUAGACUAGAUGGUGUGGAGAUCUGCGGUGAUGAGCCGUGGUUUGCAGACGCAGUGGUCCGGCGACGCCUUCGUGAGUCGGUAGCAGAUGCCCACAAGGAACAGAAGAUCCUUGUGGGCCUGCCAGCAGACGAGGUUGUGCGUAUUUGUCCAGAGGAUGGGCGAGUCCCUUUCGCUGGAGCCGUGCUGCGACUGGGUGGGGCUCACCUGGGCGGAUACGGGGAGUCAGACAUUGCCUACGCAUACCGCCAGCUUUCUCGAGCUCUCCACCCCGACAAGAAUCCUGAUCUGGACAAGGCUCAGGCUGCCUUCCACAGACUCUCUGAGGCAUCCGAGGAACUUCGGCAAGGGCUCCAGGAGCAGCGCCACGCCUUGAAGCUCAUUGUGGGCGUCAUGGGCGGUACUGCCACGGAGACGAUGCUAGAACGGCCUCAGGAGGCCUUGUUUGCGGAAGCCAGCAGACUGCUGUGUGCCGUGUGCGGCAUUGUGACCGAGGGAGAGGUCUCGAGCGUCGCACAGGCACGAGCUCACGUCAAGUUUGAGCGAUCAUCCCGAAUGUUCUACAGCUGCCACAUGCAGACCUUGAUGGCAGAGUGGUUUGAGAAGACGCACUUGCUCGAUCUGUAUGCCAGCGUGCCGAUAAGGACAGCAUAUGACUGUGCUCCCAAAUGCUUCAGGGCACAGUUUCUGUGCCUCCUCAACAGGGCAGCCAUGGCGGAGGCAAAGCGCUUCAAUGACUGCGUUCGCGGCAGCUGGCCGAAAAUAAUGCAGACCUUUCCGGAGAUGAGCCUUUGGCGUGAGCUGCGUCAGGCCAUCCAUGCGCGCGUUUGGGAUAGCAGCGGUGAGCCUGUGGAAGCACCCCCAGAGGAUGCGCCAGCCGAGCAGGGCAAGCGUAGCAGGAGCAAGAGCAGGAGAAGGAGUCGAAGUCGGCGGCGUCGAGAACGCGACGACAAGAAGAGCCGACGCUCCAACGACGACGAGGUAGACGAUGGCCGGCGCCACAGAGAUGACACCAACUGGUAUGAGCGAAACCCGAUUCGAAGCCGUGGCAGAGGUUCCAUGGCAGAACGGGAACGAAAGCGAGACUUGGCUUGGGAGGCACGAUGGACAACCAGCGAUGACGAUGGGCAGAAACCAAAUCAGUCGGAGGAGGCUGCCGAGCUCCCCCCGAUGCGAGAUGCUCGUGAGGUCAUCGCAGUCCAUCCAACUGCUGGUUGGCGUGCUUGCAAGUGGGCACGAAAGUGGCGAUCCACGAUGGCUGCCAUUUUGCCAAGUGGCUUCGAUGCUGCCAUUCCUCUCACAGAUGCGGAGGUGAGGAAGUUGGGGCUUCUGCUGUGGAAGGACAUCGUCAGAUGGAUACAGCAGACUGAGGCGAAUCGCUUCCUGGGUCUUUUCAGAGCGGACCAUCAAACAGCCAAGACAUUUGGCUGGGAUGGCAAGGAGAUGUCAACAUCUCGAGGCCUAGAACCUCUCGAGCCUGGGGCAACGCCACCAGAAUGGUCCUUUGUUCCUGUGACUGACCUUUUCCUGGUGGUUGGAGAGGGACUUGUCGGGGUCACCACAGAAGGCAUCUUCGCAGAGAAAGCCAGAGGCCAGAAGCGAACGCGUCUCAGGGAGUGUUACAAGCCAAAGCCAAAAGCCAUCCAAAAUGGGGCCCCUGAUACCGGCCCUGCCAAGCUCGAAGGCAUGGCCUCCUAG